AUGCCAGAGUCAGAGUAUUUGGAAGAUCUCGAGGAAAACACUCCUUAUCCCUACCAUGUGUUUUUCAUCAUUGGCAACGAGUUUUGCGAACGAUAUGCGUAUUAUGGAAUGCGAAGUAUUUUGAUCAUCUUUUUGACUUAUUUUCUUGGUUUCUCGAAGGAUGAGUCGACAAUCAUCUACCACUCCUACAUCGCCAUGUGCUACUUCUUCCCCCUCAUUGGUGGGAUCAUUGCAGACUCUUGCCUCGGUAAAUUCUGGACGAUCCUGAACCUCUCCAUCGUCUAUCUCGCUGGAAUGGUGAUGAUGACUGUAAGCGCGGUUCCUUUCGGCGAUGAUAAUUCACCAAAUAAUACCAACACGAUUCUAGCGAUCUGUGCUCUCAUCACAGUCGCAAUGGGAACUGGAGGCAUCAAGCCUUGCGUGGCGGCCCUUGGUGGUGAUCAAUUCAAGGACACGAAAAAGGGAAAAGAACAACUUUCCGGCUUCUUCUCCCUUUUUUACGCCUCGAUCAAUGCUGGCUCGCUCAUGUCGACCUUCGUAUCUCCGAUUCUCCGAGAGCUUCAGUGCUUUGACCGAGCCGAUUGCUAUGCCAUCGCUUUUGUCGUCCCAGCUUGCUUGAUGUUCGUGGCUAUUAUUGCCUUCGUCGCUGGAAGCAAGAAGUACAUUAUCAAGCCGAGUAAGGGAAAUGUUUUUGGGCAGUUUAUAUCGGCGGUCUGCCCAUGUGGUGAUAAAUCGCAAUACACGGAAAAGCAAAUGAAGGAGUACAAAUCCGUCCUGCCAAUCAUCGUCAUGUACAUUCCCCUGCCCUUCUUCUGGGCGCUCUUUUCCAUGCAAGGAUCUCGCUGGACCCUCUCAGCGACUCAGACGAAUGGAUGGGUUGGAAACGCAAAGAUUCGACCCGAUCAGAUGCAGAUUAUGAAUCCAAUCAUGAUUCUCGCCUUCUUGCCACUUUUUCAAUACUGCGUCUAUCCAGCGAUAGAAUGGUGUGGCUUCAAAAUGACGUCUUUGCGAAGAAUGAGUGCUGGCCAGCUCACAACCGCCUUGGCUUUCCUAGUCGCGGGAUUCGUCCAACUGGCGAUCGAUGACGGACUCACUCCUAUUCCUGAUUACAAGACUCAGAACUCUCUUCGCGUUAUGAAUGGCCUAGCUGAUGCUGACUUCACCGUUUCCUCGAGCUAUUGGGACUUUCUCGGAGACGAGUACCCAGUUGGCGGGUAUUCAGUAAAGCCGAAUAUUGAAGAGUUCCGGACUGAAACUCAUGCAAAAAUCAGAGACGAUUUGCCAAAAAAUGAGGUUCUCAAAAUAAACGCCCCGGGCAAAUUCGACUUCGAUAUUUCUCUUGAUGAAAUCGAGCAUGAAACAAUCAAUAGCUUUAUGGUCUACAAAAACGAGUCGAAAUACGAAUAUCUUUGGUACGUCAGCCCAAAGGAAAAAUCCGGGUCGAUGCGAGUUAGAGCGGUUUUGCUGAAUCCAAGCGGGUAUUAUCUACGAUAUCAUCUGGUUGAUAAAUCUGAUGGGUCGGAGAAACGAAUGGUGGUCGACAAGACCAUCAGUCCAUUUAGCAAGGAGGAUGAGAGCACCGAAUUUGAUCGAGGAAAUUUUCAGAUAAAGGCUUAUUUUAUGAAGGACCCCAUUGAUGAUGACAUCACGGAUGAAGAAUUGGAGCUGCAGAAAGAAUUCUCAUGCGUCUCUGAUUUCUGGGACGCAAACAACUGGCCCUAUCAUGAAACUAGCCCAUUCAAUUCCGAAUUUCCUUAUGGAACUGGCUCUAUUUGGAGCUUCAUGGCUGUCCAAACCGGCAAUGGGAAAUGCGAAGUCCGAGUUGGUCUUGAAUCGAAUGCAAAUGACGUCAAUAUCUUCUUAUUGUUGCCGCAGUACAUUGUCAUUACUGCGGGAGAAGUAAUGAACUCUGUAACUGGUCUAGAAUUUGCGUAUACUCAGGCGCCAAAGUCGAUGAAAUCCGUCGUUCAGAGCUUUUGGCUGCUAACCACCUGUCUCGGAAACAUCAUCGACAUUUUCCUCGUCGAACUCAAAUUGCACCCGACCCAAAGUGGCGAAUAUUUCAUUCUUUCCGCCAUUAUGGCCAGUUCUACCACCGUUUUCAUCCUCCUCGCCAUCUUUUACUACGAAUACGUCGAUCCGUCGGAGUUCGACGAGGAGCCACCAAAUGAGCUUGAUGAAAAAGUCGGCGAGAAAAACGAAGCUUUUGACAAAGAAAGUGUCACUGACUUUUAA